GUGCAGCGGUCAUGAGGACCAUGAAGAUCCUGAGCGGUGUUCUGAUACUCUCCCUGAUGUUGGCCGAGACCACGUUGGGCGACAUUCAGAAGAGAGUGGUCGGGGGAAACACAUGCAGUCCCACUGAAAGGCGAUACCAUGUCCGUUUGACAGCUAAAACUCCAACGAACGGAUUGGAAAAGGUCUGCGGCAGCUCUCUGAUCACCAACAGGUGGCUUCUAACCGCCGCUCGCUGUUGGCCUGCUGGACCAGAAUGGAAGAUGUAUGCAGAAGUAGGGGGACAUCCAGGCCCUGUGAAACCUCAAGUAGAAAUCAAACAGAAGAUGAUACAUAAAGAUAAGAAAGGAAAAACCCAUGACAUCAUGCUACUGCAGUUACCAACUCCUGUUCCGGGAGCUAUUCCAGGUCCUGGGGUUGAUCCAAUCCCUCUUGGUGAUUGUACACAACUUUUGGCCAAAUUUUGGGGGAAGACAUCUAAACCAGGAGAGUUCAAAACAGUUCAGAUUGCAGGCUAUGAUGCCACUACACCUGCUGCACCUGACGCUGGGGUACCUGAUGCUGAGGAACCUGCUGCUGAGGACCCUGCUGCUGAGGCACCUGAUGCUGCCAACACCAAAGUCCUACAUUGUGCAGAGCUGGAUGUUAUGAAAUGUGACGCCUCCAUGGCAAAGUCCCAUCAAGACAUCUUCUGUGCACAACGUGCCGGAGUGGAAACCUGUAGAAGUGACUCUGGAGCAGGUGUAGUGUAUAAGAACCAGCUCUAUGGCGUCUUCAUCGCUGAGGACAAUGGUGAAGAAUGUUCUGCAGCGGCAAUCAUCAUGGAUGUCUGCAAGUACAAAGAUUGGAUAAAGAAGGUAAUUGGAAAAUAAAGAAGAAAACUGACAGUUUUCAUUUGAUUAACAGCAAAAGCUGAUUAUUGUGUCCUAAUAAACCAUAAAAGAGAUCUCAGAUUUACUGUCAUUGGUCUUGUUAUAACUGAGGUGGGUUAAUCCAGGAUGUUGAUAGUGUAUAUCCCAUUGUGGUACUGUAUCGUUUAGUACAUCCCACUGUAACUGUCUGCCUGGACACACAAAGGCUGGUAUUCAAUCAAAGGUGUGUCGUUGACAUCACACUGGACUAUCCACAAUAUGCCAUUUAAUUAAAAGCAAUUUCACAGAUGUUUGCAGAUAUUGUAUUCACAGUAAAUGCUGCAAAUGUUGUCUCAAACAUAAAUGACCUUUAAAAGUCA